GGUCAAGUCAACGGCCCUGCAUCCGUCCACGCCGCCAUCAGCAGGGCCCACGGGUCACAGCGCAUGGCGCUAGAACUCAGAGCCCGACCCAGCCGCGGAGCUCGGGCCAUACCGAGAGCUACACGCUACACGAAUACUCCCAAGCCAUGUCGGCAACUCGCAAGGAAGACAUCCACGCGCCCAGAACAAGAACACAAGCCAACGUCCAGCCCGCCGCUUCGAUUAUUGCUGACGACGACGACGACGUGAACGCACGCGCCGAAGCGGCCUACCUGUCCCACCACCGCGGCAGCCAGGAGGUGCUGCUGCCUGACAGCGAGGCGCAGGAGGGGCGGGUGCUGGCUGGCGAGCUGCCGGUGGAGGCGGUGAAGCACGAGCCGGCGCGGCAGGCGGUGCACGAGGCGCUCCACCCGCACCCGCUACAGCCGCAGCCGCAGCAGCAGCGGCAGCAGGAGCAGCGGCAGCAGGAGCAGCAGCAGCACAGUUUCCAGCCUGAAAGGAGCGCAGACGCCGAGGGUCUGACGGAGCCGCUGCUCGGCGACCAGCAGCAGCAGCAGCAGCAGCAGCAGCAGCAGCAGAAGCAGCAGCAGCAGCGGGCCGUGGGUGGGCAGGCACAGCAGGCUCAACACCCCAGCGGCAACAGCAGCAACAGCAGCAGCGGCGGCGGCGACUUGACCUGUGGAGGUGCUGCGGGUGAGCCGGAGGCGUCCAUGAAUCCAGUGGCUCGGCAGGCGGCAGGAGUCGCAGCAGCUGUAGCGGGCGGCAGCGGCGGCGUGAUGCGAACGGGACUGCAGAGGGCGGCAGCGGCCGCCGCGGCGCCCUUGAGCGGCAGCGGCGACAAGGCUGCUGCGUAUGGCGCUGGCGGCCGCGGGCCGCCUGACCCACACGCCGACUCUCCCGCAGGCCCGUUCACCGGCAGCCAGCAGCCUCCUCCCGAGAUAGACGCAACAGGCGGGGCAAGCGCUAUCAUGCCCCACGGCGCUGCCUCAGGGGCGCAGCAGCAGCAGCAGUGGGAGCAGCAGCAGCAGCACACGGCGGUGCACGUGAUGCCGCCGGGAGUGGCGCUGCCGCCGCAUGACCCCGCGCAGGCGGCGCGGGAGCGGCGCCAGCAUAGGCGCGCGGCGACGUGGGCCGCCUGGACCGGCAGUAGCGGCGGCGGCAGCAGCAGCAGGCGCGGCAUCCGUGAGCGCGGCAGCGCAGCUGCGGGGAGCGCAGCAGGCGCAGCAGGCGCAGCGGGCAGCCGCGAGCAGCAGGAGCAGCAGUCGUCGUCUCUGCCGUCCGCUGGCACGCUGUUGUCGCGGGAGGUGGAGGUGCUGCGGGACAGUGCGCGGGAGGCCAUGACGGCGCUGAGGCACAGCGUGCGGGAGCCGGAGGAGGCGGCGGCGGAGCUGGCGGGCCGCAUUGUGGGCAAGGCCAGUUACGCCCACCCGCACCCGCACCACCAGUCUAGCCAGCAGCAGCAUUCGACCGGGCGAGGACGCCCGCAGCACACCCGGGCGCCGCCUGCAGGUGCAGGUGCCGGUGCCGGUGCAGGCGCCGGUGCAGGUGCCGGUGCAGGUGCAGGCGGCGCUGCGGCGCCCGGCGCCCGUGCCGUCGUGUCUGCGCCCCCCUCCCCCGCCCCCGCCGCGCCAGCAGCAGGUGCCAGCAGGUGGCCUGGCGGCGGUGGUGGUGGUGCCGUGGGCAGCGGCGGCAGUAGCCCGCCGCACGCUGGUCACAGGCCCAGCAGCAGUGGCGGCAGUAGCAGCAUUGCUGCCUACCUGUUCGGCGGACAGCGCUCUCCGGGUAGCCGCAGCGCUGGGGGCGGCGGCGGCGCGGGUGUGGGGUUCUGGGGUGUGACGCUUCAGGGACCCGAGGCGGCGGCGUCUGGCAGCGAUGAGGACGAGGAUGUGUGGAUGGGGCGGCGGUCGCCGCCGCCGCCCACACUGGCGGCUCCGGCGAGGCCUGUGGGGAGCAUUCGUGAGGCGGUGACACACACGCCUCAGGCGGCGGCCGAGCUGGCAGGCCGCAUCAUUGGGAAGGCCAACUACCAGCACCCACAGCCGCCGCACAAACCCACCGGCCACGCCGGCAGCUCCUCUGGUGCCGGCGGCAGUGCCGGGUCCCACCCGCAGCAGCAGCGCACGCUGCUCUCCUCCCUCUUCCGGCGCUACCCCGCUGGCCCGCCCCCGCCCCCGCCGCCGCCCCCGCCGCCACCCCCGCCGCAACUCCAAGCCACCACACCGCCACCAGCGGUCCCAGCCACCGGUGGCGCAGGGCCCAGCGGCAGCAGCAGCAGCAGCCGGAGCGACGGUGCGGGCACUGCCGGCGCUGGCGCAACCAGAUGCAGUACCAGUGGAAGCGGCGCAUGUGGCGGUGACGGCGGCAGUGACAUGCCGGGUCGCAGGGCUCGCGGCGCGCACGACAUCCACCAUGAUGACGCGGCCGCAGCCGCCGCUGGGCCGACGACGUCGUCGCCGGGACGGGCGCAUGUGGGCAUGUUCAUGGCUCGUGACCCGCAGAGCGGCGCGCCGCUGGCCGCACUGCCGACGGCUGUGACUGACGCGCUGAUCCCGCCGGCGCUCCGUGCGCUGCUGCCGCACCCGCGCCCCCAUCAUCAUCAGCAUGGAGAGGGGGAGCAGGAGGAUCAGGCCGCGGCGGCGGCGGCGGCGGCGGCAGAGAGGGCAGCAGGUGGCCACAAGCAUGCGGAGUAGUGAGGGACGUGCUACAGCACUAUGAACGGUAGUUGAAUUGUGGUCGAGACGCACGGUUUUUGGGGUUCCUGAGUUGCGUAUCACCAUUGUUGCGGCUGGGAGUGUUGAUGUGUCCGGCAGUCCGGGGCUCCAGGUUAGCACGGGCUCUUUCGGUCACGCGCCAGUUGGCUUGCCUGUUCCUGGGACCGGUUAGCGCCCUGUCACCAUGGAUUGGAGGGGGAUCCUUAUCCCAAUUUGAGAAACAGGAAGGGUAAUACUGAUUCGGUUGCGCUACCAUGCACUGCGCCACAUUGCACGUUCAGGCUGGCUGGGCACGGCUGUUGAGUCGCACGACGAAGCGGGGCACUGAUUGAAUGAAGGGGUACUCGGCGCAUGUAAUUUGAGUGGGAA